UUUAUCAUAAUAUGGAACAUAAAUUUGGACUUGACGAUGAGCCUGAGAGGGACAAAGGCUUCAUCAUCAGAAUUGAAAGCCCCCAGCUCCUAGAGGAUAUUUACAAGUUGAUGGACCAUUGUGACCUGUUUGAUGAGGAGCUGGAUGACGAACUUGAUAUCACAUUUGAGUGGCUCUGUUUUGAUCCAGAUAAACACCAUUAUGGUAUGCUAGUUAUGGACUGAGGGACCCAUGGCUGAAAAAUUGGCAAUAAGAUGUACCAUGCAACUCUCUGUGAACUCCCUAAUAUCUCAGAAAGUUUUAAUACUGGAGAUUAUUCAUUGUUGUAUAAAAGCUCUGAUAUUGCUCAGGUAAUGUAUGUUCAUUCAGACUACAUUGAAAUUCCUUCAGUUGAUGGCAAACAGCCAGAUUUGGACGAUGCCUUCAAAUUUAUUGAAAAUCUAGAAAGCCAUCAGAAACUAACUUUCGAUCCACUUAAAAAUAAGAAAUUCUAUGACUCAUUAGUAGACCCAUCAGAAUGAUAUGAGAAUAUGUUUCUCCUGAAAGAUGGGCUAACAAAGUGCACCAAAGACACUUACCUCAAGGACUUUUCUACAGACAGGAGCAAAUAUAGGGAUGAUAUAAUCAAGGUCCAGAAAAUACUGAAUAAGUCUAUCAAGAAGCAUUUUAAUUAUUCUCACGUCGAUGUUCAAGAGAGCUUAUUGGUAUUUAACCCACAAGGAAACCUAGUUGAUGAGAUAAAACUCGAAGGUGAUUGUUCUACACAGUCAAACGGAGACUCAGACCAGCUUCUGUUCAAUUUCAAGGGUGAAAAGAUCGAUUCCCAAAUCAGUGAGAGCAAUUCAGAUGAUGAAACUCCCUCUAAAGCUUCAAGAACUGUUAAGUCUUCCAGUAGGAGUAAGAGUAAGAAGAAAUAAGUCUGAGUAAAAUAUUUGAAUUAUGUAAACUUUGUGUUUAAAUCU